AUGAAUUCUGCUGGGUGGAAUUGGGCCGGCUUGGCCGCUAUAUGGGGAGUCUUUACGCUUUGGGUGCCCUUCGUGGUUCUUAUAUCGAGCUGGACCACCUUCGGUGCGGUGCAGGAGAUGAUUCCAACUUUGAAGGAGGUUGUGAAGCGGCACAUGUGGCUGGACAAGCUGCUGACAGGAGUCUUUGCGACUAUCGCGCUGAAGGUGUUUCUUGCAUUUUUGCCAUCUGCAAUGUACGCCAUCAUCCGAACCGUGAUGAGCGUGAAGUCGGGCACGGAGGUGCAGAUCAAGAUGCAGAGUUUUGGAUGCAAAGAGCUGGCCUCCACUAGACUUCCAAAGCUGGUCACUUCCCUGAGCCGCGGCGUGACCCUGACUUUGGCAGCCAACUCAGUUAGCAUUGCGCAGAAGCCGGGACGUAUCUUCCGUGUCCUCGCGGAUUUCCUGCCAUCGGCUUCCCAUUUCUACUUCAACUAUAUGGUCCUCGGAUGGAUCGUGCCAUUUAUGGAGCUGGUCAGAAAUGCGAACUUCUGGAAGUUCCAUCUUUGCAAACUCUUCCUAUCAAUGUCGGAGAAGGAGGCGAAGGAGUACAGCGAACCUGAAGAUCCAGCGAGCUAUGGACUUGGAGCUCGCAUGGCCUCGUCACUUCUGAUCUCUGCAAUCACGUUUGCGUUCUGUUCAUGCUCCCCACUUAUUCUGGUAUUUUCAUUCAUAUCCUUGAGCCUGUCGCACGCCAGCUAUACAUAUCUCGUGGUGUAUGCUGAGUCGAAAAAACCAGACACUGGUGGCGUUCUGUGGGUCCAUGGGAUAAGCUACCUGUUCUUGGUGAUCCUGAUGUACAUACUGCUGAUGACUGGAGUUCUGCAAAUGCUCAGUUCGAGUGGCAAAUGGCUGGGGCCACCUGUGGUCGCACUUGCGUCGACUUUUGCCCUUUAUGCAGGAAAACAUCGGGUGGACAGCCUGGCUUUUGAUGUUCUCCCUCUGGAAGAGGUGGUCAGGACAAGCCAGGACUUGAGCAAGAAGGCUGUGCGCGAACAGGGCCAGUACGUGCAGCUUGGCCAUGCUUCAGCAGUGGUCACUAUGCAGACAAAACUGAAUCUUCUUUUAGGGUGA